CGGUCACUCUGCACAUCUCCGCCAUUUUAGCUGCUGCAGAAAAUUUUUUUCGCAACAAAAGUAGAAAAACGCCGUGUUGUUUAUAAUGUAAAUAAAAUAUAUGUAUAUAUAACAUAUACGUAAGAACAAAAUAAAGAAUUACUUGUCAACUACGGUCGCUACUUUCAUUAAAACGUUCGCCGCUUGCCGGUGGUUGCUUGUUUGACUGUACGAGCGGCUUGUGGUUGUGUGCGUGUGUGUGGGUAAAAGUGGAAAAAAGUGGUCACCGCACCGCUAAAUAAAUAAGUUGGUCGCGUGCAUUUCGAAUUAAAUUCGGUCCAGUUUAAAGCUCACGCAACCAUGGCCGACGGCGUGGUGCUGGACUUGUAUGCUGAAGAUUUGGACAAAGAUUUUGCCGGGCAAGCUCAGGAUGAAUUUGGUGGUGAUGGCGUCGAUUUGUACGAUGACAUCGGCGGCCCCACCGAACCAGUAGCUGCAGGCGGCGGUGGCGGUGGUGGAACGCCAACGGGCGAUAGCACUUCCGGCCCUGGAUCUGUGGAUGGCUCUUCGAGUGGCGUUGGACCCAAUGGAGUUUACCAUCAGGGUAGUGGUAACCAAACUCCAACGAUGAACCGCCGCUAUCAACUGUAUGUGGGCAAUUUAACCUGGUGGACAACCGAUCAGGACAUCUCCAAUGCUUUGCGUGACAUUGGUGUUAACGAUCUGCAAGAAGUAAAGUUCUUCGAAAAUCGUGCAAAUGGUCAAUCGAAAGGCUUCAGCGUAAUAUCGCUGGGUUCAGAGCCAAGUCUACGCACUGUACUCGAUCAAUUGCCCAAAAAGGAAAUGCACGGCCAGACCGUAGUAGUCACUUAUCCAAGUAAGCAGGCACUCACGCAAUUCGAGAGCCUGCAAAAGACACGUCCAGUGCCGCCUCCGCAGCAAAACGGACCACCACGUGGUCCGGCCCCGCCAAAUAUGGGUGGGCCAAUGCAGCAGCAUCCAGGUGGUGUGCCUCAGGGUGUACCACCAGGCCAUGCUCCUCGAAUGAAUCCCAGCAUGCAGCCUGGUCAAUAUCGGCCACACAUGUCUCAAGUGCAGCAGGUGGGACCAAACUCUGGACCUCCACGAAUGCAGCCGCCAAUGCAUCAACAAGGCGGGCCUAUGGGCAACCAACAACCGCCUCCCAGGUAUCCGCCAGCGCAAGGUCAAUGGCCAGGCCAACGUCCCGGUGGGCCCAGACCGGGUCCACCAAAUGGACCUCUGCAACGACCACCAAUGUUCCAGGGUCCAAUGGGUAUGCCAGUACGGGGUCCAGGUCCGGGUCCGGACUGGCGACGUCCGCCUAUGCACGGCGGUUUUCCGCCGCAAGGACCGCCACAGGGUCCACCGCAUAUGCAGGGCCCUCCACGUCCUCAAAUGGGUCCUGGGCCACCGCCCGGUUCGAGUGGACCUCAUGGCGCGCCAGCACCGCACGUGAAUCCAGCAUUUUUCAAUCAACCCGGCGGCCCACCACCGCAUCCGGGCAUGGGUGGUCCACCGCAUGGCCAGCCAGGACCGCAGCCGGGUAUGAAUAUGCCACCACAGCACGGACCGCUUCCACAUUUUGCACAACAAGGUGGGCCACGCAAUCCUUGGCCAGGUCCACCCCAAGGAAAACCGCCGGGAGCGUUCCCCGAUCCACAAAUGGGUCCGCAGCUAACGGAGGUUGAAUUCGAAGAGGUUAUGAGCAGGAACCGAACCGUCAGCAGUUCGGCAAUUGCCAGAGCUGUGUCGGAUGCUGCGGCAGGUGAAUAUUCGAGCGCCAUUGAGACGCUGGUGACUGCCAUCUCACUUAUCAAGCAAUCCAAAGUUGCGCACGAUGAGCGCUGUAAGAUUCUGAUUAGUUCACUGCAGGACACAUUGCAUGGCAUCGAAGCCAAGAGCUAUAAUCGUAGAGAGCGUUCCCGAUCAAGGGAUCGCUCUCAUCGUAGCCGGCAACGUCGUGAACGAUCAACAUCACGCUACCGGGAACGCUCCCGUGAACGAGAACGCGACCGCGAUCGUGAGCGUGAGCGUGAUGGAGGCAGCUACCGGGAACGUUCACGUAGUCGAGAGCGUGAGCGUCAGGCGCAGGACCACUACAGGGACGAUAGCAGCAGCCGCUCCGCACGACCACGUAAAUCGCCGGAGCCCGUUGUUGCAGAAACCGCAGAAGCGCCCUCAUCUAAACGUUACUAUGAGGAACGAGAGCGGUAUCGUUCAUCGGAUCGGGAGCGUCGUGACCGGGAUCGAGACCGUGAGCGUGAGCGCGAACGUGAUCGGGAUAGGCGUGAGGAGCAUCGUUCCAGGCAUUGACUGCUACAUAAGCGAUAGCAAAAGUAACGAAAAUCAAUACACUCACACACAACUCCUAGACACUCUUAUUAACACAUAAUAAUAAUAAUGCAGCAAAUUCCGCAAGCUGAAGCGCCGACACAAGUUUAACAUAUUUUGAUUUGUAUCUAACAUUACCAAUACGUAGGAUAUGAAUAUAUGGCAUAACAUAGUUUCUCCUAGACGUACUAAAGUAAGCCGAAAUGUUGACACGCCUCUACAAUAACAAUAACACAACACAAUCUAACGACGGACUCUUACGCCCACACAAAUCCAAAUCCACACUCAACCUUCAUGAUGCAACCAGCUUAAGGCAGCCGAAUAAAGCCGUCAUCGCGGGACAGGACGAGGAUGGACAGCAGCUACAGACAAAUGAACAUCAAUAGAACAUCAUAGUCGUCUUCACCGCAGAAUUUCAAUAUUAUUGUACUUUAAUAUUUCGGUUUAUUUAAUAAAACAUAUAUAUAUGAAAAACAGAAAAAAAAUAUUGUUCGAACAAAAAAAAAUUACUUAAACUGUCUUGCGUUGUGUGUCUUCUUUGUACCUUAUAAAAUAACAAAAAUAUAGUUUACGAAAUUAUAUGUUUAAAUUGUA